AUGAACCAGAAGGCGUACAUCAAGCGACUUUCGGAGAAGUUCGGCGUUGAAAACUGCAAGGACGUGCACACGCCGGCGGACAGUAACUCGAAGCUGAUCAAGAUGGGUCAAGAGGAAGCGUUUUUACCAAAGUACCCAUAUCUUGCGAAGUUUUGUGAGCGCUACGACCAGUCGCAUUGGACAGCAGCAAAGCGGAUUCUUAAGUAUCUCAAGACGACUCAAGACUUAAGCAUCGUGUUCAGCGGCAUCAACAAGGGAGAGCUGAUCGGAUUCGCGGAUGCAAACUGGGCUGGCGACCUCGAAACGCGGCCGUCAACCAACGGUCGCGACCUCAAGUACGGAAGCAGAGUACAUGAGUCUGUACAGCGCGACGCAGGUAGCAAUUUGGCUUCGAGUUUGCUCAAGGACCUAAACUACUGUGACAAGAACGCGACGACGAUUUUUCAAGAUAAUCAAGGUUGCAUCGCGCUGGCCAAGAAUCCUGUGUACCACUCGCGCACGAAGCACAUCGACAUCAAGCAUCACUUUUUGCGUGAAAAGGUUGCAAGUGCAGUGAUCGCGCUAGAGUUCAAGCCGACAGAAGAAAUGGUCGCGGAUGGAUUCACCAAGGCACUUCCAAGAGACAAGCACAGCAAGUUCAUCACGGGUCUGUGCAUGGCGGUGUAG